GAAAGUUACUUCCCUUUUCUAUGCAACGCCAUUUACAGACAAAAAAUAAUGGAGAGUGAGAACACGGAUAGUGAAGAUGACGGAUGGAAUAAACCUGUUGACGAAAGUGACAAUCAAGUCAAUAUACCGUACAAUAAGCAGAAAUUAAAUAAACCUGAACCAACUCAUCCAUGUGUAAUACUUCAUAUAGAUAUUGAUUGUUUUUAUGCUCAAGUUGAAAUGCUGAGGAAACCUGACUUAAAAAAUAAACCUUUAGGGAUUCAACAGAAAUAUAUCAUUGUAACAUGUAACUAUGUGGCCAGAGAGCAAGGACUAACCAAGCUGAUGACAGUUAAAGAUGCUCUAGAGAAAUGCCCUGAUCUUGUUCUUGUUAGUGGAGAGGACUUAACAAACUACAGACAUAUGUCCUACAAAAUAUCCAAUUAUCUACAGAAAUAUUGUCCUCUUGUGGAAAGAUUGGGUUUUGAUGAGAAUUUUCUAGAUAUAACAGAGCUUGUGAAUGAUAGAAUACACAAACAAAGUGUUGCCAUGACAACAGAGGUGAAAGGUCAUAUAUACCUGCCAGAGGGAGAUACAGAUGUAUCAUGCUGUUGUGGAUGUAAGGAACGCCUCACUAUAGGCUCACAUAUUGCACAGGAAAUUCGUGCUGGACUUUUCAAGGAACUAGGUAUCACCUGCUGUGCAGGGAUAGCCCAUAACAAGCUCUUGUCAAAACUAGUGGCAAGUACACACAAACCCAACCAGCAGACAACCCUGUACCCUCACACUGUGAAUCUGCUGAUGUCAAGUCUAAAAAGUGUCAGAAAUAUUCAAGGAAUUGGUCACACAACUGCACGACGAUUGAAGGAAGUAGGGGUGGUCAGUGUAGCAGACCUACAGAACGUUGACCAAUCAGUACUCGAGGAGGAGUUUGGACAUGCUUCAGUGGAAACUAUGAAGAAAUUGUGUUUAGGCAUUGAUGAUAGUCCAGUUAUAGCAUUUGGUCUACCUCAGACAUUAAGUGAUGAGGAUUCCUUCAAGAAGUGCAGUAAUGUUGAAGAUGUGAAGUCAAAAAUCAAACAAUUAAUCAACAGUUUGUUACACAGACUUUUAGAAGAUGGGAGGAGACCACAAACGCUGAGAUUAAGUGUACGUAGAAUGCUGAAGACAAACAGAUACAAUAAUCGUGAGAGCCGACAAUGUAGUAUACCAUCCUCGGUUUUCAACAAGUUCUCGUCUGAUAAUCUUACCCAUUCAAGCAGUCAACUGGAGACUUUAGCGUAUGGCUUAUUUACAAAGAUGGUGGCUGUUAAAUCACCUUUCCAUCUUACGCUUAUCAAUGUUGCUUUUACAAAACUGGAACAAAAAUCAUCCAAUGAUAUUUCAAGCUUUUUUUCUCCAAAAAAACAAUCCAGUCAAAGUGCUCCAACACAGCCAGGUGACCGUGGGAGUGCUGACACAGGGAGAACAACUGAAGCAGUACCAUUUGAAUGUACAGCAAGUUCAAAGCAAAAAGGAUUAGGUUUAAAUGACAAGGAAUAUUCUCCUGGAUUAACCACAAAGAAAGGUGUAUCAGGUAUUCAAAAAUGGGUUAUAAAACAACCUACAAAUAGUGAACAAUCUUGUACAGGUAAUUCAAGUAAGGGUAAUUUAAGUUCCCAAGUUUCAACCAGUGCUUAUUCAAACACAGAAUCUUUUGAAUCAAGAAUGUCUUUGAAAAGACUUGCUAGUGACAAUAAUAAUAGAACUUGUAAUGAAAAAGAUGAAAAUGUCGCCAAAAGAAAAUGUAACAGUACGGGUAGUUUUAAACUUCCGUCAAACAUUGCAGAGAUUCUGCCCCAGGAUUUAGACCUAGAUGUUUUCUUAGAGCUACCACCUGAUAUUCAGAAAGAUAUACUUGACAAUACACCAGUGCAUCACAGUUCUAGAAAUAAGAAACACACUGAUCAUGGUCAAGAUACAUAUACUCAAAAAAGUAGUUUGAAAUCAAAUUUAGGUAUGCCAAGUACAUCAUUGCCAACUAGUGAAAAUAAUAGUUUGAAUAAUGAAAACAAAACAAAGAAGAAUAUUCACACCGCUAACAGACAUUCAGGCACUGCUAGUGAUGCUAUUGUUCAGACAGGCAGUACUGUCUUGUUAAAAGAUGCUCAAAUUGAAACAUGCUUUAAAAAUUCUUACACAUCUAACAAGGAUGGAAACUGUACAGUAGGUAAAAACAGUGCAGAAAGUUUUCAUUGUUCCAGUAAAACUAAUGUUAAUCUAAAUAUGCCAGCCUCUAACAAACUAAGUAAUUGUGAUAAAAAUUCAAAGGAAACUACCUCAGAGGCUGUUGCUGUACCAAAUAAUGUUGACCCAGCAGUUUUUGAGAGCUUGCCUCCAGAUAUAAGGGAAGAAUUAACACAACAAUGGAAAAAAGAGAAAGCCAGCAAUGCAACAAAUUCUGUGAAACCAGCAGGCCAGAAGAAACUGUUCUUUAAAUCCCCAAAACCAUCUACCUCAAAUAACAUUACAGAUUAUUUUAGCAAGAAAUGAUAAUUAUAUACCAGUAGUGCUAUACUAAAGGUGUUUUCUUGAAAAGUUUUUAACCCAACAAAAUAAUGUUUCCUAAUUUCUAACAUAUUUUGUUUGAAUAAGUCAAGGAAAUAGAUAUCAAUUUUGCGUUGUUGUUG